GUCAUGGGAAGCAAAAAAAAAAAGAAAAAACGCUAGUCAGGGAGUAAACUUGCAAGAUGGCGGCGCGGUGGGGCGCAGGCGAGGAGACUUUAACGGCUUGCACUAUGGAUUAUUUCCCCCUGGACACACUCUGCGAGACUGCUGAGUUGUGCUCUGGAGGACCGCUGGAGGGUUUCCAAAGCUGCUUAGACCUUUCCAUCUUUGACGAGACCCCAUCAAUAGAGACAAAAGGACUGGACGAGGACAGUGAAGCCAUGCUGUUAACCGCCCUGACCGAGAUCCUCGACAACGUUGAUGAUGAAAACCUCUCCCCGUUUGACACACUACCUGAGUCUGAGAUUCUGACGGCUCACAAGGGCAGGGAACACUCUCCGCUCAGAAGAUUACUGUGUGUGCCACUGUCCCCGUCAGAGAAGGACUCUUUCAGUACAAGACCCCAGUCAACUGGAAAGAACCUCCCUAGAAUACCAAUGGAUUCACUACAGAGAAGCGACGGAGAGGAAGAGGACGCAAGCUCGCUCACUCUGAGCCCGGGAAGGCACGGUUUACCUUCAGACUGGGAAGGAUUGGCCCUCCCGUUUCCUGUCACCUUUGAUCAGGAGAGCGACAACGGUCUUCCAGUCAGCCUCGGGGACUUUGUCAGACACAUGCACCCAUACUGCAUGGCGCUUUGUUUGGAGAAUGACGAGGGGGUGCAGAUGUUGCCAGAAGGGGGUAUCUUGCUGGAGGUGGUGGAUCAAGGGGAAAAUGGAGAGCCUAUCCUGGCUGUCCCAGACAUGGGCCUUCAAGGUCCUCCGCCACUCGAUAAGUUUGCAGGGGACGAAGACGUAGCCUCUGACACGUCCGAGCAUAUAGUUGUUGACGACGAUGAUGUUGUCAAUGUGCUCUGUAAAGCUCCAGCAAAUACUCAAAGUACCUGUUCUGAUAAGGUGAUUAACACUCAGAAGAAAGAGACCAUGGCCAGAGUACCCUCCCGUAAAAAAAAGAAAAAGAAGAAACAAUGCCCUCCUGAUCCUGUCCCGGGAAGGGUUCUGAGAAGUGCUGCCUUGAGAAAUCAAACCGUAGAACUACCCCAAAAACCUGAAAAGAAGCGAAUCCGUAAAGAAAAGAAAAACAAAAUCCCAAAAGCUUCAGUUGCUCCUGUACCUGCUGCUGUAAAACCUGUGAAAAUAAGUUGCCAAAGUAAAACCCAAGUGGAACUCCAUACCCGGGAAACAAGUGUUGCUGCUGCUACGUUUGUGAGACCUAAACAGGAAACUGGUCCAACAAAAGCUGGUGUUCCUGAAAGUCCAGUCACCUCCCCACAGUCUAAAGAAACGGCUCAACCAGUAUCCCAAGCCCCCAGUGAGGGCUCCAGCCCACCACCGUUGGUGUAUCCAAGCAGCCCUGCAUCUGCUUUCAACAUCCCCGCAUUGACUGUGAAUGAGCCCCUCCCCCCGGUGACCCCCGCGCUUCCAGAGCUAAAGCCCAAGUCCCUCAGUUUAGCCGAGUAUCGACAACUCAGACGGCAGAAGAAGCCCGUCUUGUUGGAAAAGCAAGGCGACAACAGCACCAAGUGGCCCAGCCUUCCAGAGCCCCCCAAACAACUGACCCCAAUACCCUGCCUGCCUGACCCCAGCCCCAAGGAUCUUCGGCGGUCCACCGCCCAGGCUGUGAGGGACGUGGUCGAUAUCAAACCUGCCUGGCAGCCGCGGGGACCCUGUGCCCCGCCCACCCCGGAGGCACUUUUGGUGCCACCAGCCUACAUGGUUAAAUCAGCCAACAAAUCCGUCACCGCUGUUUCUAAACAAUCACAAGAGUCACAAGCACGCUCACCACCACAAAAACCUUCAGUUAGUACACCUGAUCUUGUCACCCCCCAGCCACACACUUCUAAAUGCCAAUCCGGGAUGCAAUCACCUGAAAUGAAGACCGUGCCUAAACUUUCCGACGCGCCUUUUGGUAAAAUCUCUCCUCCGACCAAUUCUGAGAUGGCGUGCUCUGCUGUAGUUCCUGUCCCACAGAAGACCCCUGUUAUCCAGAAUGCGCCAGAGCUCGUACUUACCACUCCUACCACUUUAAAGGACCUCGGCACGUCUGCAAAGUUCCCGGCAAUUAAUGCCAAACAUUGCUCCGCUCCUCCCUUGGCCUACCAGAUCUUUAACCCACAGGCUGCUGUGCUUAAAGCAAAUAAGAGCGUGACUACACCAGUGGAACCUCUAACAGCAAAGAGCCCCACACAGGAGUUGAUUGAGUCCUUCACCAGUGAGAUAGGUAUAGAAGCUGCUGAUCUGACCAGCCUGUUGGAGCAGUUUGAGGAAACGCAAGCUAAAGAGCAGCAAAGUGUACCGGAGGUCUGUGGUAGAGCAGCAGCUGUAGGAAACUCGAGUGCUGAAUUUGCACGUGAAAGAAGUGUCUUGGAGCGUGUCCGAGCCAAUGAUCUCUCAAGCCCUGCAGCCCUCACUCCUCCAGCCACUCCUCCACACCAGAUGUGGAAACCUCUGGCUCCUGUGGCUCUAUUGGGGAAGACCAAAGUUCCACUCUCCAAGACUAUUCAGAUAGAUGCCCGCCCUUUGCCGUCGUCCAGAUUUCACAGCAAGCCUACCGCGGCUGCUGCCCCCGUCUCACCCGAUGUGGUGUGCAUGGACCACGACUACUGCCUUCCCAGCAAAGGCAACGGCGAGCCGGGCAAGCGUUGGAAUGUCAAACAGCAGACUUUCAUCACAAUCAAACCCAUCAAGCCCCCUGCUGCCGCCACUACGGUCACCCUGGAAGCCGCCUCCCAGUCCAGCACCCAAGCACCAGAAGCUCUGGGGAACGGGGUGGAGGGCUCCUCUGUUCUGGAGACCCCGGAAGCCUCUCCAGCCUGGCAGGAGAACGAAUCCACCUUCAAAGAAAGCGCCACCAGGAAGGGGCAUUUUGAGAGGUCGUACGGCUGUCACGCUGCCUCUCGCACCCCCAGCCCCACCUCAAGCACCAAAGAGAGGGGGAGAAAACGAAGAGUCCGACGUUCUCCGUCGGUGUCCAGCAGCUUGGAAUCCGACUCCCGUUCGUCUCGAUCUCGGUCUAGAUCCCACUCACCGCCCAAGAAAAGGUAUCGUCACCGCCGCUCUCGAGGCAGAUCCAGCUCCACCUCACGUUCGUCUUCUCGGUCCUCUGUGUCCUGCUCACCACCCAGGAGGAGAAGGUACUCGUAUUCCUCCUCUCACUCCGGCUCCUGGAGUCGCUCCAGAUCGCGGUCACAUUCUCCUCAGAGAUGUGCGACGUGGGGUCGAAACGGAAGAUUGUACAGCCCCUCGUAUCGAACCACUUAUGGACAUCGUGAAAAUACAGAGGAUACAAAGAGACGCAAGGAAAAAGCCAUUGAAGAGCGACGUGUUGUUUACAUUGGUCGAAUUCGGGGCACAAUGACCCAAAGGGAGCUCAGAGAGCGUUUCUCUUAUUUUGGCAAGGUGGAGGAUUGUACUCUGCACUUUAGGGACCACGGGGAUAACUACGGGUUUGUGACUUACUACAACACCAAGGAUGCGUUCACCGCCAUCGAGAACGGAAGCAAACUUCGCAAGCCGGACGAGCUGCCGUUUGACCUCUGUUUUGGUGGGAGGAGACAGUUUUGCAAGACAGGCUAUUCUGACCUGGAUUCCAACAGGGAUUAUGAGCCACUAUCUACAAAAAGCAAGGCGAAGACACUAGACUUCGACACUUUACUGAAGCAGGCCCAGCAGAGUCUGAAGAGGUAACAGGAAGCCCGUCGCUGGAAGCGGCCCAACACUUACCUCAAAAAGAAGCGAAACUUCUCUUUUCAGUUUGUUGUGGCUUUAGGGUUAUCUUUUGUUUACAUUGUAUUUCUUUUCAGCAAGCCUAAUACCUUCUAUUGAAGUGAAGAUUUAUAACUAAAUGAACAAAAUGAGUAAAAAAAAAAAAAAAAAAAAUUGAAUCAGUGACAUCAUUUUUUUUAAAUGUUUAUUUAAAUGUACAACAAAAUGGAAGACUUUGGAGAGAAUCAUUUUUAAAGAGAACAUGAGAGGAAAUAUAUAAUACACCAAAAUGUACUGCAAACAUGAAUAAAAUGGGAACCUGA